AUGAACUAUAACGCCACUCAGUCGACCGCACCUAAGGCCCCAGCACCGGCCAUGACCUACAUCUGCGCCGAGUGUGGUUCAGACAACGAAAUCAAGCCCAAGGAGCCCAUCCGUUGCAAAGAGUGCGGUUACCGUAUCAUGUACAAGAAGCGCACCAAGAGAAUGGUUCAGUUCGAGGCUCGUUAA